GGUUUCAACCACUGUCAAAUCCAUCCCAUCUCGUUCUAUCUCAAACCCACAUUAUCCAAGCGACACGCAUCUCUCUGGCAAGCUUGCCUGUCAACGUCGUUGUCGAGAUCGUAGCGUCGGUCGUGUUGCUUCGUUUCGAGCAGCUCCGUGAAGAACGUUACCAAUAAGGAGAAAUCUCGUCGUGUAAUCUAGACCUCUUGGCCCGAUUUGGUACAGACAUGUUCGUUUAUUGAUGGGGAUGGGAAAGACAGGAGGGGGUCGAAACUUGCACGGCAUCGAUGGGCAUAGGAACUAUUGUUCCUUCAUCUAAAGAUCCUCCAUGCAGAAACAUGAUUGCUUGUUGUGUGGGGGAUAAUAGGAUGGAUAUAUACCUAACGCAGGACAAAGUACUCGUUUUUUUUCUCUCGCUAUAUCUAUCGUUGUUCGAACUCUGUGACUUUGCUUCUUCAUCGUGCUAUCCAUUCAUUUUCUGUUGCGUGUACAGGUUACAUUCGUUCUUUUCCAUUUUCCUCUACCACCUACUUGACUUGUUAUCUUUUCCUCUAUUACCAUCUUUUAAGUUUAAACCACGAACAUCAAACUCUCAAAUCGAACAAUCAUAGAAAGAAAUCAUGAAGACCACAUCAGGGCUUGUUUUGGCCACUUUGGCAGCUUCCGUAUCUGCGGUCCCAUUCAAUCAUGCAUAUGGCAGCUAUAAUGGGGGGCAUGUAAGACCAACAUGGUCUCCUCCAAGUGCUUCAUCAGAUGCCGCUCCUGAAAACACUGCUUCAUCCACAAGUGCUUCCGCCGUUGCCGCUACUUCUGUGGCCUCAAGCGUCGUUGCUGCUUCAAGUGUUGUCGUUGCCUCUAGCGCUGUCGUACUUGCUGCAUCAGCAGCAUCUCCAACAGUAUAUAUGUGCGGUGAUUCUACAAUGGCUCUCGGUGGAGGUGGAACUGGAACUCAAGGUUGGGGUGUAUACCUCCCAUAUUCCCUCACCAUCCCCGUCGUCAACGAUGCCAAAGCCGGUCGCUCAGCCCGUUCCUACACCGAUGAAAAUCGUUUCGGCGCCGUCAUUGAUACCAUAAAGUCCGGCGAUAUCGUCAUCAUUGAAUUCGGACACAAUGACGGAGGAUCCCUCACUCCCACCGAUAACCUCCGCUCCGAUUGCGUCGGAGCCGGCAACGAAACCUGCACCACAGACGCUGGUGUAGUCGUCCAAACAUACCCCACCUACCUCACCAAUGCCACUGAACUCAUGACUGCUAAAGGCGCACAUGUCAUCAUCUCAUCUCCUACUCCAGACAACACAUGCGAGACGGGUACAUGCUCAUACACAUCCCCUCGCUUCACCGGGUAUGGCGAGAUUGUUGUCGAGAAUGUUGGAAGCAUGGCCAGCUUCAUUGAUCACGGUACUUAUCUUGCUAAUCAGUACGCGAUCCUUGGUGCUGCAACUGUUGACACCUAUUAUCCAAAUGACCACACUCAUACUUCUCCUAUUGCCGCCGACUUGGUUGCAGGUGUGUUUGUCAAAGGUGUUUUGUGUGCGGGUUCUUCUAACCCUCUAUACUCCUACAUCAAGAACAGCACUGAUAGUGUUGUCGGUACCUGUAUAUAAGAGAGAAUGUUUGUGGAUGCAUGGUGUUGAGCAAGCGAUGUUGGAAGGAGGAUGAAUAUUUUACAUGUAUAUAUUUAGCUGGGAUAAAUGUAGAUAUAUCGAUAAUAUACAAUGCUUGAAAUAAAAAGGCA